CCGCGCCCCGCCCGCUUCCACUUGUAGCUCUGUCGCUCUAGCCCCCGGCGGAAUCCGCUGUCGCUCGGCGGGGCCGGCCCGGUUGCCCGGGGAACGGGCUCCCGGCAGCCCCCGCGUCCCGGAGUCCAACCCCGCCUCCUCCCGCCCGGCGGGGCCGAGGAAUCCCGAGGGGCUGCCGCGGGAGCCCCCAGGUUUCCCAAAUAAACAUUCCUUUUCCGGCGUGGAUCCUCUGUGGAGACCUUGGCCAUGGCAUCCACGUCAGAGCCUGUUACGUUCAGAGAGUUCUGCCCUCUGUACUAUCUCCUCAAUGCCAUCCCCACGAAGAUCCAGAAGGGCUUCCGCUCCGUGCUGGUCUACCUCACGGCCCUGGACACCAGCGGGGACUACAUUGCCGUGGGCAGCAGCAUCGGCAUGAUCUAUCUGUACUGCCGGCACUUCAACCAGAUGAAAAAGUACAGCUUCGAGGGGAAAACGGAAUCCAUCACAGUGGUGAAGCUGCUGAGCUGCUUCGAUGACCUGGUGGCUGCGGGCACGGCCUCUGGGAGGGUUGCAGUGUUUCAACUUGUGUCUUCAUUGCCCGGGAGAAAUAAACAGCUUCGGAGAUUUGAUGUCACUGGUAUUCACAAAAAUAGCAUAACAGCUCUGGCUUGGAGCCCCAAUGGAAUGAAAUUGUUCUCUGGCGACGACAAAGGGAAAAUUGUCUAUUCCUCUCUGGAUCUAGACCAGGGUGUCUGUAACUCCCAUUUGGUGUUAGAAGAGCCGUCUUCAAUUGUGCAGCUGGAUUACAGCCAGAAAGUGCUGCUCGUGUCCACUUUACAGCGAAGCCUGCUGUUUUACACUGAGGAAAAGUCUGUCAAGCAAAUCGGAACCCAGCCAAGGAAAAGCACUGGGAAAUUUGGUGCUUGUUUUAUACCAGGACUUUGUAAGCAAAGCGAUCUAACCUUGUACGCAUCGCGGCCAGGGCUCCGGCUGUGGAAGGCUGACAUCCGUGGGACUGUUCAAGCCACGUUUAUCUUAAAAGAUGUCUUUGCCGGAGGAGUCAAGCCUUUUGAAUUGUACCCACGUCUGGAAUCCUGCGACAGGGGAAGUAGCAGCUUACCCGAGAAACACCUGGGGCUUGUUUCAUGUUUCUUCCAAGAAGGCUGGGUGUUGAGUUGGAAUGAAUAUAGUAUUUACCUUCUCGACACCGUCAACCAGGCCACAAUUGCUGGUUUGGAAGGAUCAGGUGAUAUCGUGUCUGUUUCCUGCACAGAACAUGAAAUAUUUCUCUUAAAGGGAGAUAGGAACAUUAUAAGAAUUUCGAGCAGGCCUGAAGGACUAGCAUCAAUAGUGCGAGACGGUCUGGAGCCGCCGGGAUGCGCAGAGCAGGCCCACGUGCAGCGUGUGGAGAAGCCAGCGGGGGCCACGGCUUCUGAGACCAGGCUCAGGGGCACGUCCGUGGCCAGUGAGCCACGGAGCAGGAGCAGCUCGCUCAACUCCACCGACAGCGGCUCAGGGCCCCUGAUAGCCCCGGAGUCGGGCAAGGGAGGCCAGCCCGCCACGCAGAGGUUCAGCGUGAUCAGCUCGGAAGACUUCGACCAGGAGCUUGUCGUGAAGCCUCUCAGAGUGAAAAAGAAGAAGCGGAAGAAGACAGAAGGCAGAAGCAGGACCGCCUGCCACAGCUCCCUUGAUUCGACUCCCUGCUGUGAAUUUCCUGGUGACAGCCCCCAGUCCCUCCACACAGACCUGCUGUCCUUGACCUCAAGUUUGGGCAGCACCGUGGACCAUCUGAGCACAGAGUCUCCCGACCAGGAGAGCAACCUCAGCAGCGAUGCCAGUGGUGUCCUGCAGGAGAAUCAUGACCCGGAAGCGUUUAGUAUCCUGGAGGGGCCUGAACCCGCCCCUGACUUGCUGAGUGAAGAAGAUGACAGUAGGACGGGAAGCUCAGGCCUUAACCUGGCAGGCGAGCCCGAGCCACGCAGUGGGCUGUCGCAUUCGAUCUCACAGGCGGGGCGAGGCGGAGGCUUGGAUGGAAGUGACCUCACAGAACUCGAGGAGCCUUGUCCUGCGGACGAUGGACUGAGUGGCAGACAGUCACCCUGCCGAGAACAAGACAGCUCUGCUGAGGCCCAGGAGGUGGGGGGCUGGGAGCCUGAUGACCCCCAAGGCACAUUUUCUGAAGCACCCCUCCUGGACUCACUCCCAGUGCCUUCCAGCCUCAGUUGGGCCCCCAGUGCUGAGGGGUGGCUGCUGGGGACCAGAGCUGACGAGAGCAGCACCGAGAAGCCCAGCGAAGAGCAGGGCUUCCUAGGCCACGUGGGGGCCCCUGGCCACCUCGGCUCAAAUCCCUGGCACACUGUCCCUGAUGAUGAUGUGGACCAGCAAGCAGUGGUCACUUCUGAAUGUAACUUGGGAAGGGUGGGCAGACAGCUGGCUCCACUGGGCUCUACCGUGUCAGCCAGUGCCCACGAGCCUCACCUCGAGCAGCCUUCACGGGACCAGGCGUUGACAUCCAGCGAUGAGGAGGACAUCUAUGCCCACGGGCUGCCCUCUUCAUCCUCGGAGAUGAGCGUGACAGAUCUUGGAGGCAGUCGCUCCCCACAGGACCUGAGCCAGCCAGCCGCUGAUGACACUGGGCUGCUAAAGUCAGAUCAGUUUGCAGAAAGCUGGAUGGGCUACUCUGGCCCCGGCUAUGGCAUACUAAGCUUGGUGGUCUCCGAGAAGUACAUUUGGUGCCUGGACUACAAAGGUGGCCUGUUCUGCAGUGCGUUGCCAGGCGCUGGGCUGCGCUGGCAGAAGUUUGAAGACGCUGUCCAGCAGGUGGCAGUCUCACCCUCAGGAGCCCUUCUCUGGAAGAUUGAACAGAAAUCUAACCGAGCUUUUGCUUGUGGAAAAGUGACCAUCAGGGGGAAGCGGCACUGGUACGAAGCUCUGCCCCAGGCCGUGUUUGUGGCGCUGAGUGAUGACACAGCCUGGGUCAUCAGGACCAAUGGAGACCUGUACCUGCAGACAGGUCUCAGCGUGGAUCGCCCCUGUGCCAGAGCCAUAAAGGUCGACUGUCCGUACCCCCUGUCCCAGGUCACAGCCCGGAACAGCGUGGUGUGGGCGCUGACUGAACAGAGAGCCCUCCUGUACCGGGAGGGUGUGAGCAGCUUCUGUCCAGAAGGGGAGCAGUGGAAAUGUGACAUCGUCAGUGAACGGCAAGCUCUGGAACCUGUCUGUGUAACGCUCGGGGACCAGCAGACUCUGUGGGCCCUGGACAUCCACGGACACCUGUGGUUCAGAACCGGCAUCGUUUCCAAAAAGCCCCAAGGAGAUGAUGACCAUUGGUGGCAAGUGAGCAUCACAGACUACGUUGUGUUCGACCAGUGCAGCUUGUUCCAGACUAUAAUGCACGCCACACAAUCGGUGGCCACAGCGGCCCAAGUGCCCGUCGAAAAGGUGGCGGAUAAACUGCGUAUGGCGUUUUGGUCUCAGCAGCUUCAGUGCCAGCCGAGCCUUCUCGGGGUCAACAGCAGUGGCGUCUGGAUCUCCUCGGGCAAGAAUGAAUUCCAUGUCGCCAGAGGAAGUCUCAUCGGCACUUACUGGAACAAUGUUGUUCCCCGUGGGACAGCUUCUGCAACCAAGUGGGCCUUUGUGUUGGCUUCUGCUGCUCCCACAAAGGAAGGAAGCUCCUUGUGGCUAUGCCAAGGCAGCAAGGACCUGUGCAGCAUCAGCGCCCAGCACGCACAGUCCCGUCCAUCCACGGUGCAGCUGCCUCCCGACGCCGAGAUGAGAGCCUAUGCCGCCUGCCAGGACGCACUGUGGGCCCUGGACAGCCUGGGCCAGGUGUUCAUCAGGACGCUGUCCAGGAGCUGCCCCACAGGCAUGCAUUGGACGCGGCUGGACCUUUCUCAACUAGGAGCCGUGAAACUGACGAGCUUGGCCUGUGGGAAUCAGCACGUCUGGGCCUGCGAUUCCAGGGGUGGCGUGUACUUCCGCGUAGGAACCCAGCCUCUGAAUCCCAGCCUGAUGCUCCCGGCCUGGAUAAUGAUCGAGCCACCUGUCCAGCCUGCAGGGGUCACCCUGGUCAGCGUCCAUUCCAGCCCCAACGACCAGAUGCUGUGGGCACUGGACAGCAGGUGGAAUGUGCACGUCCGACUUGGAAUCACCGAGGAGAUGCCAGUGGGGACCGCCUGGGAGCAUGUGCCAGGGUUGCAGGCCUGCCAGCUGGCGCUGAGCCCCAGGGCCGUGUGGGCACGCUGCCCCAACGGCGACCUUGCCCGAAGGUACGGCAUCACCGACAAAAACCCCGCCGGAGAUUACUGGAAGAAAACUCCCGGGACCGUGACGUGUCUCACAGUGACCUCGUCAGAUGAGCUGUGGGCAGUGGGCCCCCCCGGCUACCUCCUCCAGCGGCUGACAAGGACUUUCAGCCACUCACACGGUGCCCAGAGCAGCCACGCCAGCACCCCCCACCCCGAGGACCUGGAGGACGAGUGGGAGGUCAUCUGAAGGAGCUCGCAGGCAGGGUCACUCACGAGGGAGGAAGCCGAGACGUGGUGGACAGUCGGUUUCUGAGUCGCUCACUCUUGAACACGCCUCAUCAACUCUUGUCCAGACACGUUUGGCCAUGUUGGACCCACCCACACUUGCUUUCAUCCGUGUUUGUUUCCGUCUUAUUCCAGAACCCCCAGCCUCAGCCAAGUGAUCGGAGUUGUUGCUGGAGCCCCAGGGCCUCUGAACCCUCUGGGUGGGGACAGCAGCUGCUGCCAGUUGCACGCACUAGUUACCCGAGUGUUGCAGUCAUGUUCUCAUCACUGGCCACUCCAGGUCCCAUUGUGGGGACGACUUGGGGAACCUCCAAUGGGCAGGAUGAGUCUGAACUGGGUCACGGAACACCCCUGAGCCACCACAGGCAGCCACGCACCGUAGUAGCCAAAGGUCAGUGCUGAAUGCGUUCCCACGGUGGCUUGGUCUCCAUCCCAGGGUCCUACCGCCUUCUCUGAGGAACACAGGUUCCAGCACACAUUCCUUCUAGACACCCCAGAUGGGAAACCGAGGCCACGUUUGAGAGGCGCUGGGCUGUCGGGAUGGAGGGGACACGUACACCGUGCCCAGGGCAGGGCACACUCGCCCAGAGGACACCCUGCAGCCAGAACAGCACAGGCAUGAAGUGUGCACGUGUCUCCCGGGUGGGGGUGACACAGGAAGGUCACACGGGGGGCGUCGCUGAGCUAGCUGACUCAGAAGUCUCUUUAGAGUGCCGUUUAACGCGUGCUGCUGGUGGGCGUCGUAAAAGCUAGAUGCAUCCUCAGAGGAUGACACACUGAUUGUUGCCUUUUUUGUUUGUUGUAUUACAAACCUGCAUAAGAUACCUCAUUUGAAAUCAAAUCUUAAAAAUUUAGAAAAGAAACAUAUUUUCUGAAACCAGUGGAAGGGCUUUCAUUCCUUCCCAGGGUUUAUCCUGAGCCGGCAGCUUCAGGGGGGGGUGUGUCAGCCCUGCACGGCCUCCUCAUGCGGGGGGGUCAUGGGACCUGCCUCUUGCGCCGAGUGGCAGCCCGGGCACGGUCAGCGGCAUUUGGGCAGAUCCCCCCAGAAGCUGGAAGCUGGUGCCUGCUGUGGCCACAUGAGACGGCAGUCCCUGAGGUGAGCCUGCAGUGCCGUCUUCUCGCGGGCAUGCGAGCUCCAGGACUCGACAGCCCGGCGUGUGUCCGCCUUGAGCCCAGCGCCCCCUUCCUGGACGCAGCCCCAUGUCAGGGCUCCAGCCUCGCUGCUGUUUUUAGCCUGCCUUUGGCCCGACGCCCAGUUACUUGAGGCCUGUUGUUCUACCAAGCGAGUGUGUCCAGGGGCCCCCAGGCCACAGGUGAAGAGCUGGCCAGACCCCAGCCAGCCGUGAAGAUGGAGGUCUUCCGCAUCUAAGUGAGGACAAGAUCUUACCUCACACUGCACUUUUAUGGAAUCCAUUUUUUUUUUAAGUUGGUGACAGCAGAGGCCGCCCCGGGCUGGCUGCGGCUCCUCAUCAGCGUCUGUUGUGCCUCGCCCAGCUCCCCUAGACGGUAGAGCCU